CCGCAGUGGUCUCCUCUUCCUCAGGACCGAGCCUCUUGAUCCUAUCGCGUUGCCAAAAUGUCGCUUUCUAACAAGCUGACUUUGGACAAACUGGACGUGAAAGGAAAGCGGGUCGUGAUGAGGGUGGACUUCAAUGUUCCUAUGAAGAACAACCAGAUAACAAAUAACCAAAGGAUCAAGGCUGCUGUCCGAAGCGUCAAAUUCUGCUUGGACAAUGGAGCCAAGUCAGUUGUCCUUAUGAGCCACUUGGGCCGACCUGAUGGUGUUCCCAUGCCUGACAAGUUCUCCUUGGAGCCAGUUGCGGCAGAACUCAAGUCUCUGCUGGGCAAGGAUGUUCUCUUCUUAAAGGAUUGUGUGGGCCCAGAAGUCGAGAAUGCCUGUGCCAACCCAGCAGCUGUCAUCCUGCUGGAGAACCUCCGCUUUCAUGUGGAGGAAGAAGGGAAGGGAAAGGAUGCUUCUGGGAACAAGAUUAAAGCUGAACCAGGCAAAAUUGAUGCUUUCCGAGCCUCACUGUCCAAACUUGGGGAUGUCUAUGUCAAUGAUGCUUUUUUUACUGCACACCGAGCCCACAGCUCCAUGGUGGGUGUGAAUCUGCCACAGAAGGCUGGUGGAUUUUUGAUGAAGAAGGAGCUGAACUACUUUGCCAAAGCUUUGGAGAGUCCUGAACGACCCUUCCUGGCAAUAUUGGGAGGAGCUAAAGUUGCAGACAAGAUCCAGCUGAUCAAUAAUAUGUUGGACAAAGUCAAUGAGAUGAUCAUUGGUGGUGGAAUGGCUUUUAUCUUCCUUAAGGUGCUCAACAACAUGGAGAUCAGAACUUCUCUGUAUGAUGAAGAAGGAGCCAAGAUUGUCAAAGAUCUCAUGGCUAAAGCUGAGAAAAAUGGUGUGAAGAUUACCUUGCCCAUUGACUUUGUCACUGCUGACAAAUUUGAUGAGAAUGCCAAGACUGGCCAAGCUACUGUGGCCUCUGGUAUACCUGCUGGCUGGAUGGGCCUGGACUGUGGUCCUGAGAGCAGCAAGAAAUAUGCUGAGGCUGUGGCUGGAACCAAGCAGAUUGUUUGGAAUGGACCUGUUGGGGUCUUUGAAUGGGAAGCUUUUGCCAGGGGAACCAAGUCCCUCAUGGAUGAGGUGGUAAAAGCCACUUCUAGGGGUUGCAUCACUAUCAUAGGCGGUGGAGACACUGCCACUUGCUGUGCCAAAUGGAAUUGAGAGGGUAAAG